CUUUAUUUUGCAGUGUUUUUAGACGAAACACUGAAAGUUUACUGUCUAAAUAUUUCAGUGCCGUUGCAUAUGUCUACUUUGUAAUGCUGAAAGCCUGAAACAUGCCUGGUGGUAUGAAUGUCGGUGGUAAACGCUCCAUUCGUCAACAGCAGAUGAACUGCAGAACCAGAUUUGUACGAAACCGAAGUUACACUAGCUCAAGUCAUUCCCCAGUGGAUACAGCAACACCACCACAGAACAUAGGAAAAGAAGUUUGUUCAUCAAAUACAACAGUUUCUGCAAUAUGUCACCCUUCUGUUCCGGAUUUACACUGUCUCGGAAAUAUUGGCUUUGAAGCUCUUUUCGUUCUUUAUCUUCUCACAGCAUUGUUUUGUCAGUAUAUUUAUUUAUAUAAGACUGUCUGGUGGUAUCCUGUGACUCUGCCACCAAGUACGACAUCGCUGAAUUUUCAUCUGAUUGAUCACAAUUUAACUUUGUUCCUAGCUGUUUUUUUAUCAAGGCGAUUUGUUUGGUCACUGCUUUGGGACUUCUUGCGCCCGAACCCAGACAAUGCUCCAAGAAUAAUAGCGUGGUUGUUGAUUUGUUUUUUUACUGGAAUCUUAUGGUUAUUUUUCUUGAUGAUGCCUUUGGCAUAUUUGUUCUACUCAACUUCACUUUUGAACAUGGUCGUUUUGUGCUAUCCGAUAUUGCUUUGGGUACCACUUACUGGUCUCUCUGGUGAUUCUUGUCUCAAUUUGAUCAUUACAUGGCUGAGCAUGACUGAUGUUUCUGGAAAAAUUGGUACAGAUUCUGUUGGAAGCGGAAGUUCAUUGGCUAGUCAUUCCACACAAAACAAGAGAUGUGAUUUAGAUGUGACAAGUCAACUUUUGAAUCAACCAGAAUCAAGUGGUUCUCAGAUUGAUUUUGCAGCUCUAGGAAACUCAUCAAAUCCACAUGCAAUAAGAAAUGAGGUCAAAUUACUCUGUCAAGAUUUUAACUCACGAAUAUCAGAAAUUGUUUUUUGUUCCAUGGUUUGUGCAUACUAUGUUGGACUUGUUCCUAUGUUUUUUAUGAAGUCUCAUCAAUAUUAUGACAUGACAUGGUCGUUGCAACAUACAAUAUUAGUUCUGUUGAACUCAUUUGCACUACUUUCAUCUCAUCUGUUAAAUCCAAGAUAUCUACAUGUUCUUCAUAAAUGUGCCCUUUUGCUUGGUGACUACAAAUUAGAGAACGACUCAGCUAAAGCUGGAAAUUCUAACAUCGGUGUUGAAUCGGAAACUGAUGGUAAAGAGAAUGCUCUUACAUCAUUAGAACGAAAAAGCGGUAUUAAAGAGUGGUCUGCCGAUUCAGUUUUUCAAUGCUAUACAAAAGUGAAGCAUAAUGGCAAGAUAUAUCAAAGCACUGGAAUUCAUAAUGUUGCUGAGCCAGAAGAUGUAACACAUUAUAGAUUUUACUUCAUGUUCAACGAUCCUUUACGAAUAAUGAAUUGGUUGUUACUCGCCCAUGUUAUCGUUGUUUUAUUUCAAAUAUAUCUUCUCAUAUCGUCGUUGAAAUGGGAUCACUUAAUCUCAAUUGCUCUAAUGCAGUUUUUCAGUUACUAUGUGCUGUUUAGGUCAUUACGUGAUCGAAUAGUUCUGGGAAAGGCACACAGUUUUCAUCAUGAAGUUUAUAAAUCCAACAGUACAUGAAAGAAGUUGAACCAUGGACUAUUAUGCCGACUUGAAGCAGUGCUUUUAUAAUCAUUCUGUGACCAUAACGCAUACUCUUCUCAAAUCGAGUAUAUUUAUGGUUGAAAUGUACUUGGCAAGGACCAGCAGUACUACCCUUAUCCACAUGAAACUUACUGUAUUAAGUUUUGUGCGUGGUGGGAGACACAAUAGAGGUGUAUAGGCUAAAAAUAAGAAAAACAGCCCAUUUUGGAUAUGUAUUGCACAGUGGUGUGUGUUAGCCAUCUAAUCGGACUUUAAUAUAUUAUGAAGAAAUGCAGUUGCUUUUUUAAGAUUGUUUGGGAGUCAGGAUGCAUCUUACCACGACAAUGAAAUGUGCGGGGGCUAGCCUGCGGCUGUGGUUUUGGGGAAAAUUAUCAAUUCGAGCCAUUUUAUUACCUCCCAUCUGCGGGAUAAUUUUUCAAAUGGUUUCAAGACUACCAGCGUUUAUGACAGAAGAUUUGGACUUUUGUUGUAUUGUUUAAAUGCUAUUCGCUGGUCAAUUAGUAGGCUUGUGUCGUGGUUUGGUCACAUUUUUAUUAAACUGACACUUGUGAUGAUUCAAUUUUGCAACUUUAUAUGAGCAUUAUAUAGCAACGAUAUAGA